AUGGCUCCUGGUAAACCCCGCGCUGGGCGGUCCCUUGCAGACCAGCUCGCAGACCUUGAAGACCCAACUCCAAAGGACUUUGACCCCGAGGAUAUUGACCACGAUGAGCAGUCAAGUGGCGAGGAAGGGGCUGGAAAAGAGUCAGAUCUGAAUGCUGGCAGAGAGCACUAUCAAUCUGUGGGCAAAGGAAAACUUCGAAAGCAAGAGCUCAUCGAUCUGGGGAAGCAAUAUGCGGGCGCUCGCGUUAGCAGAGAUGACCUAGAUGCAGAGAGCGACGAUGAUCCAUUUGCGGCACGUACCGACGAUGAGCUUUCGUCCAGUCAGGACGAUGAUGGCGACUCCGCCUCGGGGUCCGAACCAGAGAGCACGGAGUUGCCAAGCGACGACGACUUGUCACAGUCCUCUCAUAAUGCGGAUGAGGAGGCGGAAGAUCUGGAUACGGAUGACGCCAAAAAUGACGAAGACGACGUACCCGAGGGUGGUGAGCUCGGGGCGCGGGCGACGGCCAGGCGCAACGGGCAAGGCCGCGUUGCCGGUGUUGUUGGCUUGGCUGUCCAUGAUCACAGCGGGCGCAAGCAAGGAGUCUCGGAUGAUCGAGAUGAGCUACGGCGGUUGAUGGCGUCAGACCAGAAGACCAUUGCGGCGACUAUCUCGCAAGCAGCCAAAGCAGAUGCGGCGAAAGGAAAGGCUGUUAAGGAGCAACGUACCACGUUUGAUGCACUCUUGAACACUAGGAUCAAGCUGCAGAAGGGCUUGGGAGCGAUGAAUGAGAUGGAUGGAGUGGUUGAGGAAGAGAUUGAUGGUGAUGGUGAGGGUGGUGAAGAAGACAAGAGAAACUCGGAGGCAAUCAAGUCUGCCGAGAAUGCCGCCCUUGCCCUUUGGUCUACGCUCGAAGAACUGCGUAUUGCUCUUGCCGAUGCCAAUUCUAAAGACGGGGCCAAAAAGCGCAAACGUCAAGAUCCAAUUAGCAAUUCUACUUCAACUACCUCGCUCUGGGAACGCAUGUCUAACCUGGAGUCCGAGUCCCUCGUUCACCGUCGAGCAGUCGUCGACAAGUGGUCCUCCAAGGUUCGCGGCACCGCGGGCUCCCUUCCCAAUGCCCGCGGGAAGCUGCUGGGCUCUGUUUCUGGUACUCAGACUAUCACCGCCGUCCUUGAUGCACAUGUUGCUACAGAAAUCGGUGAUCGUGCAAACAAACGUGCGCGCCAAACGACUGUCCCCAAUGGCUCCACCUCUAGCGGGCUUUCUGAACCCAUCUACGACGAUACCAUUUUCUAUCAAUCUCUGCUUCGCGAUCUUGUCGAGCAACGCAUGUCGUCCUCCGAAGCCAUGACCGGUGGCCUUGAUACCCUCCACCAGCUCCCAUCCCGCCUGCCCAUCCACCCCAUCACCGGUAUGCGCAACGAUAAGAACAGAAAAGACAACGUUGAUACGCGAGCCUCCAAGGGCCGCAAGAUGCGUUUCAAUGUCCAGGAGAAGUUGCAGAACUUCAUGGCCUCCGAAGACCGUGGCUCGUGGACAGUUCGAGCUCGAGAUGAGUUCUUCGCUUCUUUGCUCGGUAAAUCCGCGAGCGGCUUGCUGGGCGAAGAAGACGAGAGUGCCAGUGAUGCCGAGUCUGACGAAGAUCGCGAGGAAGGUGGAUUGCGUCUGUUCCGGAACUGA